GUUUGGAUAGUACAUGUAAACUUUGACAGGUCUCGAAAUGUAUUUUAAGUGAUUUCUAAUUAAUCCAGAUAGUUUUGUUUUAAGUUAAAAUAUCGUAAGAUCUCUCUGUCCUCCUGUGUUGGUGUGGAGGAAUAUGGUGGCUGAGUAUUGUCUGGUUUAAAAUAUAAUGUCCAGGAACUCAACUCUGCUACAACCUCCCUCAGUUGUCUGGCAAUCUUCUCUCCAACAGAUGUUCGAGUGCCCAGUAGUUACAAAAAGCGAGGAAGACGCUGUAGUGCCGUCAGUGAACCAUACUCCUGUCUACAGAAGGAAGUCGUUAAACAUAAAAUGUGAAUCAUCAAGUCCAUUAAACUCGUAUUACAUAACAACUCCUCAACCAAGAAAUUUACCAGUUGAAAUCCUGUCCGUUUACCAAAGCGGGGGUAGGUCUAGCGACCACGACUAUGGUUGCUCCGCCCCUUCAGAUCCUACAGGAGACACCACGCCUUCUCCCUCAACAUCACAUUUACUGAGAAUUACAUCAAGAGCUUCCUUCGUGACCCCUGGUUCAGAGAACUCUAGAUCUCGAACUCCUGGUUCUAAAUCCUCAGCCUCUGUCAAGUCGAAGGCCAGGCGCUGGCUCGACCUGGAUAACAAUUUGGAGCCGGAGGGGUUUAAAACUCCGAUAAAACCUGCCUCAAACUUAAAAAGGAAGAUAGAUAUUUCCUCGUCUCCUUCUCCAGCUAAAAUUGCUAAAUCUCCUUUGGAGAAAACCAGGUACGAGACCUCCCUUGGGUUGCUGACCAAGAAGUUUGUGAGUUUGUUCCAUUUGGAUCCUAGUGGUACCGUAGACUUAAACAAGGCCAGCGAGAACCUCAACGUUCAGAAGAGAAGAAUCUACGAUAUAACUAAUGUUUUAGAGGGAAUUGGUUUGGUAGAGAAGAAGUCUAAGAAUACAGUACACUGGUGUGGAGCCAGAACACAUGACCUCUCAGCUGAAUAUGCUGACCUUCAUACAGAUAUGGCAGAUUUAGAGGCUAAGGAGAACCAGAUAGAUGAUCUCAUCAGGAAUACAGAACUUGAAUUUAAACUUCUGAAUCAAGAUAAACAAUACGCUUAUGUUUCAUAUCAGGAUCUCCGAAAUAUUGCAAGAUUUAAAUCCCAGACUGUUAUGGCGAUCAAGGCACCCCCUGAAGCCAAGCUGCAUGUGCCCCACCCUAGCGACGGGUUGCAAAUCUAUAUGUCCAGCGAUAGCGGGGAGAUCGAGGUGUUCCUCUGCCCAGAGGAGGAAACGAACCCAGAGAGUGGAGCAGAUUCAGAAAGUGAUCUGGAACUGUCUCCUAUCAAGACCAAAAUCAUGCUGAGUGAAGCAACCUCCGAGCCCGAGGACGAUCUUACAAAGAUCAUCGUGAGCAGCCUCAGUCACGCCCUCACAGAUCAGAAUGAGACGGCCUCUAGCCUCGACCAACAUGGUUCAGAUAUAUUCUCCGAGGCCCCUGGCUCCAGCAUCGAGGCUUUAGCACUUGAUCCUCCGUUAUCCGAGGAUGAUUAUGUAUUCCAUAUGGCGGAUGAGAGUUUUGUCCAAACCUCCUUAGAUUCUCGAAUCAUUCGGUCCAGAAUUUUUCAAUCAAAUAAAAAUUUAGAUAAAUUUUUAAUGGAAUAUUACUUUCCAUAUUGAUAUCAUUCUUGACAUAUUUAGAAGCAUACUUACCUAAAAUGUUAUUAAACUUCAUUUUGUA